GUAAUUCAAAAAAGAAAGGCAGAAUUGGAGAUGUUAACAGAUGGCAAGACCCUUGAUGUAGACGAGCUAGGUCGGCGGCGCCGCGUGGCCUUCCUGGACCUGCUGCUGCUCAUCGCGAGAGAUGGCAGCCUGUCCGACGCCGACAUCCGUGAGGAGGUGGACACCUUCAUGUUCGAAGGCCAUGACACCACGGCCGCCGCCAUCUCCUUCACUGCCUUCCUCUUGUCGCGACAUCCCGCUGUGCAGGAGAAAAUUCUGGGAGAGUUGGAGGCUAUAUUCGAUUGCUCAAAGCCCUUGGAGCCAUCGAUACAAGAACUAUCGCAACUCAAAUAUCUGGAAAUGGUGAUCAAGGAAUCAAUGAGAAUUUACCCACCAGUGUCUGGAGUUGCCAGGCAAAUAAGCAGCGAUUUGCGCCUUGAAUCAAGCACAUUGACAGUACCCUCAGGUGCAACACUGUUUCUGAAUUUCUACUUCCUGCACCGGAACCCUGAACUGUUUCCGUAUCCGGAGAGGUUCGACCCCGAGCGCUUCACUCAGGAGGAGACAGUGCGACGAAAGCCUUUCUCAUACCUCCCCUUCAGCGCUGGAUCUCGCCAACUGCAUCGGGUUUUCAUGUGGUUGAAGUGGCUUCUAGUUGCUGCAGUAACUCCAUUGUCUGUUCUGUGGAAACUUCUUCGUUUGAGAAUCCAUCAGGUGCGUCUCGUCGAGAAGAUAGAUGGAGCCCGGGCGUACACGCUCGUCGGCAACGCAAUGAGGCCUAAAACCCUUUCUGCACGUAAUAUCUACGUUUAUUUUCUUCAUAUUAGCAAAGUCUAUGGCAAAACAUCGCGAUUCUACCUUGGGCCACUAGCAUUUGUUUACACAAUGGAAAUUAAAGAUCUCGAGACACUACUCUCUAGACCAAAAUACAUAGAAAAGAAUUUUAUGUACAAACUGCUUCGCCCCUGGCUUGGAACAGGGCUUCUCUCGUCCGGAGGAGAGAAGUGGCAACAACGACGGAAACUCCUAACUCCAGCCUUCCACUUAAAGAUCCUGGAACAGUUCGUUCCGGUGUUCAACAGCUGCGGGGAAGAAUUCGUUAGGCAGCUUAGAAGACGUGCGGACGGAAAUGUCUUCAACGUGUUUCCGCUUGUAGAGCUUCUCACCCUGGAUGUCAUUUGCGAAACUGCUAUGGGUGUUGCAGUGAAUGCCCAGACCGACAGCUACUCCAAUUACGUGAAAGCAGUGAAGAAGAAGGUUUCGAACGUAACUGUAGCCAGAAUAUUUAAACCAUGGUACUUCUUCGAUUCCAUUUUCAUGAUUUCUCCUACAGGAAGAGAAUAUAAGAAAUGCUUGAAAGUAAUUCAUGAAACAACGGACAAGGUAAUUCGAGAGAGAAGGUCGGAGUUAGAGCUAAUUAAUGGUGAAAACAAUAUAUUGGAUGAGGAGGAAAUCGGUCGACGUCGUCGCCUGGCGUUUUUGGACUUGCUGCUUUUGAGUGCUAGAGACGGCAGCCUGACGGAUGCAGAUAUUCGCGAGGAAGUAGAUACCUUCAUGUUUGAGGAUCAUAUAAUACCAGAAAGUUGUUCGAUCUCUUUAUCACCAUACACCGUGCAUCGCGACCCGGAGGUCUUUCCGGAGUCCGAAAGGUUCAUCCCAGAGCGCUUCAGCCCGGAGGAGAUCGCGCGCCGCAACACCUACGCCUACAUUCCCCCUUUCAGCGCCGGCCCCCGGAACUGCAUCGCCUUCCACUUCAAGAUCCUGGAGCAAUUCAUCCCUGUGAUCAAUAACUGUGGAGAGGAGUUCGUGAAACAACUUCGAAGGCACGCGGAUGGAAAAGUUUUCGACGUUUUUCAUCCUGUUCAGCUGCUAACACUGGACAUUAUCUGCGAGAGCGCAAUGGGUGUCACAGUUAAUGCUCAGAUAGACAGUAACUCAAAUUACAGUCAAGUUUAUGACUGGAGCCCGAAUCUUUCAACCUUGGUACUUUCUGGACUUCAUUUUUCUCAAUUCGCCUUCUGGAAGGGAAUACAAGAAAGCGUCAUCCAAGAGCGAAAAACAGAAAUAGAAUCGAUGAAUGGCGGCAACAUUACUCUGGAUGUCGACGGACUUGGUCGACGUCGCCGUCUGGCCUUUUUAGACUUGCUGCUUCUGAGUGCUAGAGACGGCAGCCUGUCGGACGCAGAUAUCCGGGAAGAGGUGGAUACCUUUAUGUUCGCCGGACAGGAUACCACGGCCGCCGCCAUUUCAUACACCAUUUUCCUGUUGUCGCGACAUACGGACGUUCAGGAAAAUAUACUGGACGAGUUGAAAUCUAUAUUUGAUCCACAACAACCUUUGCGGCCGUCUCUUCAGCAGCUCUCAGAAUUAAAAUAUUUAGAAAUGGUGGUGAAAGAAUCACUCCGUCUGUAUCCUCCUGUACCUCACUUUAAUCGCUGGAAUCCAGAGGACACAAAACUUGCUUGCGGCCAGAUCAUGCCCCAGGGAAGUUCGAUAUCUAUAGUACCGUACUCUCUACAUCGUGACCCAGAGGUCUUUCCGGAGCCCGAGAGGUUCAUCCCUGAGCGCUUCAGCCCGGAGGAGAGCGCGCGCCGCCACCCCUACGCCUACAUCCCCUUCAGCGCCGGCCCCCGGAACUGCAUCGGUCAGCGCUUCGCCAUGUUGGAAAUGAAGAGCGUCCUAGCCAAAGUCGUGUGGAACUUCCACCUUCUGCCAGCGCCAGACUUCGAACCCGAGCUCUCAUGGGAAAUAAUACUUGUGUCCAUCCUGGACCAGUUCGUGCCCGUGUUUAACAGCAAUGGGGAGGAGUUUAUUCGACAGCUGCGCAAGCGAGCGGACGGACGCGCCUUCGACAUCUGGCCCCUCUCCAAGCUGCUCACCCUCGACGUCAUCUGCGAAACAAUCAUGGGUGUUCGAGUCAACGCGCAAACCAACAGCAAUUCCCCCUAUGUAAAAGCAGUUAAUGACAUUAGCACGAUAAUUAUAGAACGCGCAUUACGACCAUGGGAACUUUCUUCAUUUAUUUUUCGCUUCUCAAAAUUAGGGCGUCGGCAUCAGCAGUGUCUCGACGUAUUACAUGGCACUACUGACAAGGUAAUCCAAGAAAGGAAGGCGGAGCUGGACAAAUUAAGUGAAGGCAAGACUCUGGACGUAGACGAGUUAGGUCGGCGGCGCCGCGUGGCCUUCCUGGACCUGCUGCUUCUCAUCGCGAGAGAUGGCAGCCUGUCCGACGCCGACAUCCGCGAGGAGGUGGACACCUUCAUGUUCGAAGGCCACGACACCACGGCCGCCGCCAUCUCCUUCACUGCCUUCCUCUUGUCGCGACAUCCCGCUGUGCAGGAGCAAAUUCUGGAAGAGUUGGAAACUAUUUUCGAUUCUUCAAAGCCUUUGGAACCAUCCAUUCAAGAGCUGUCGGAACUCAAAUACCUUGAAAUGGUGAUCAAGGAAUCACUGAGAAUUUAUCCUCCAGUCUGUGUAGUUGCGAGGCAAAUAAACAGUGAUUUACCACUCGAAUCAAGUACUCUGACUAUACCCGCCGGCACAACACUAUUUCUGAAUUUCUAUUUGCUGCAUCGGGACCCGGAAGUUUUUCCAGACUACGAGUCAUUCGACCCGGAGCGCUUCACCCCCGAGCAGACAGUGCGACGCAACCCUUUCUCGUACCUCCCCUUCAGCGCCGGAUCUCGCAACUGCAUCGGUCAGCGGUUCGCAAUGUUGGAACUCAAGAGCAUCAUGGCCAAGCUCGUUUGGAAUUUUCGCAUCUUGCCUGAUCCUAACUACGAACCCGAAUUAGUAUGGGAACUAAUUUUGAAAUCUCAGAAUGGAAUUUCAAGAGUAUAUACAUAUAUUUUAAUUAUUACAUACAUUAUUGUAAUAUAG